CCCGGAAGUGGCCGCAGGGGGUUCAAUGGCGGCCGCUCGCUGGGCCCUGGCGCUCGCCCGCGGGGCCGCCCCGGUGGCGCUGGGGCUGUUUUUCUGGGUGGCGAUGGCCGGGGGCGAGCAGCACCGCCUGGACAGCCUCAAGGCCCUUCCCGAGGCGAACUCGCAGGUUUUGGCGGAGCGGCGCCGCCACAACGAGCUGAUCAUGGCGGCUCUGCGGGAGGCGGCUGAGACCGACGAGAACGUGGCGCGGCGGCCCGUGCCGUGGCGAAAGUGACGUCAGCACCGGGAGACCCCCCCUCUCACCCCCCCUCCCCAACUCCCGGUAAAGACCCCCGGUAACUCCCAGGCGGAACCGUCAGUGUGGGACGCAGUUUGCGCACCGACUGGUUUAGCUGACUGGCGUUGCAACGCA